AUGCCCUGGUGGAACAACAUUCGCUGGUCCGGCCACCCUGCUUUCAGCGGCUCUAGUCAGCCCUACGUCACUCCCAACCCGGAGUACAACAACAUCUUCCUAUGGCUCAGCGGCAUCGAGGCUGGUGCCACCAACCCGGAGUACAUGUGCCAGACGUGCCGGUACCUCCGCUACCCCACCUGCUGGGACUUCUACACCAUUUCGCAGAUCACGGACUCGUCCUACUACGCGUUCACAGCUACCGUGCACCGCGACUUCAACGAGCUCGAGAACCACAUGGUCGUCUUCCGUCAGGUUCGCGAGUGGCAGCAGCGCAACAUGUAA